ACCAUGCUUCUGAUUGUUCAUCUUGUUCAUGUUUUUUUCCUGCAAACGCAUGAAAAAUUUAGUCUUUUGCUAGCAUGGCCGCUGAGCUACAGCUCUCUUGGAUUUCUUAAAAAUCAGGAUUCCGUGAAAAGCCCUCAGCAUUCGAUCGAAAUAGUCACCAGUGAGGACCGCAUGUGUAGCUCACAAUGCUCCGGAUUAAACAUUCGUCGACUUUCCAAGAUGCUCGGGAUGCCGUCGGAUAUUGGACCGACUGGCGAAGUUUACGGAGCCCCCCAUCCAGUGGUAGGAAAAAUUGAAAUAGAGGCGGUGCAGGCGGCAAACUUCAUUGGAAUUUUCGGUGCUACGUGUGCAGCCGUCGGAGGGACUACGCUCGCAGAAUGUUAUAUACAUUAUUAG